ACACCACACCACCACCACCCCGAUUCCCCGACGCAAGCAACCAGCAGAACCAGUCACUCUACCCCAUGUCCGCGAUGGCGGCCGCGCCUCCCCCAGCCCCGCACCUCGACUCCGUCCUAAGCUUCAGCGCCUUGGCCUCGCACGCCGCGGCCGAGCCCGCCUCCUCCGACUCCGACUCCGACUCCGACUUGGAGUUCGCGUUCGCGCCGCCGCCGCUGCUGUCGCCGCGCGCCGGCGCCCACGCGCUCGCGCCGGCCGACGACCUCUUCGCGCACGGCCGCAUCGUCCCGGCCUACCCGCUCGCGGGCCACGGCCACGACGAGGCGCUGGCCUCCUCGCCGGCACCCACCUCCUCCUCCGCCGCCGCGCCGCCGCCGCCGCCGUCGCCGGACACGUACUGCGCGUGGGCGCCGCGGGACGCCCCGGCGGCGUUCCCCAAGUCCGCCUCCACGGGGACGGAGGCCCGCCGCUCCUGGCGCCUGCGCGACCUCGUGGUGGCAGGCGGCGGCCGCUCCCGCAGCGACGGCAAGGAAAAGUUCGCCUUCCUGCAACCCAGCUCCAGCGCCAGCCCCGCCGCGCCGUCGAAGCCGUCCGGCGGCGACGGCGACGGCAGCAAGCACGCCAGCGCCAAGGCUGCGGCGCCUCCGCAGAAGCAUGCGGGCACGAAGAAUAAGAAGAAUAAGAAGAAGGCCGGCGCCGCCGAGAUGGACAUGGCCACCGCGCACAGGCUCUUCUACGGCAAGCCCGGCGCCGCCGCGCUCGCCGGGGACAGGACGAGGCAGCCGCAGCAGCAGUCGUACCUCCCCUACCGCCCCGGCAUCGUCGGCUUCUUCGCCACCGCGCACGCGCUCGGCCGCUCGCACCACCCCUACUAGCUUAUUACCUUCAUUAAUUAGUUUAGGUAACUUCCCGCCGGCGGCGCGGCGAUCGCCUCCGGAGAUAAAGAUUCUUUCGUUCAUAAAUACCUAGCACCUAUGCUUAAUUCCAUGUCCAUCAAAUAUGUUCAUA